CUGGCACCCCCUCCUGGCUGGGUGGGGGCCCCUCCUGGCUGAGCUGGGGCACCCCCUCCUCCCCACCCAAGGCCAGCCCUUUCCUGUCGUGUCAUCCCACCGCUGUGCACCACCCACUCAUAACUUGCACCCGGAUCCCAGCCGCGGUACCAUCCCCUUCCGCGCCCCCCAGGAUGGCACUUCAGCCAAAGGGGGUCUGGACAGUGUUCCACAGCCUGGAAAACAAGGGCCAUACCCCCUCUGCACAGGACUAAGGUGAGGAGCCUGGGAGGUAAGAGAAACGGACGCUUGGGCAAGGCACUCAAUAGGUGCCCAAUACACUGAGUUCAAGUCAGACAGUUCUGGGCGGAAGUACACAGGCCGGGUCUGAAUCCCAACUCUGCUCUCCUUACAAGCUGUGUGACCUCAGGCAAGUCACAUUGCCUUCCUGGGCCUGUUUCCUUGUCAGGAAAAUGGGGGAGGCAAUAGUUGGUACAGGGUCGGAUCAAGUAGGGUGUGAGGUUGAGCAUAACUGAGCAGUGAAGAUGCGGAAGGUGCUGGAAUAGUUGGUACAGGGUCAGAUCAACUGGGGUGUGAGGUUGAGCAUAACUGAGCGGUGAAAAUGCCGAAGGUGCUGGUAUCAUCAGCUGGGUGCCCUUGGGCCAGGAGCCUGUUUCUCUCUCUGUAAAAGGGAGAAUACUUUUCCUACCCUCUAACUCUCUAGUUUGUGAGUCUUCAACAAGUCAAAAGUGUUAUUAUCACUAUUAUUUAGUCCUCCACCCCAAGGUACCUGUGUGUGAACCAUGUACAUACCUGGCAGGUAAACACACACCGUCUCACAUAUUCACCACCAAACCCCACAUGCUACUGCAGCACCUAAGAACCUCUGGAGCCUGAACCUGCCAUCCUGGAAAUGAACAAAGGGAGAAAAAUAAUAAAAUUCUAACCUUUAUAUAGCACUAGCUGCUUGCCAGGUCCUCUUCUAAGCCCUUGACAAAUAGUAACUCAUUUAAUCUUUAAAAACAAAAAACAAACCAACCCUAUGAGGUAGGUGCUAUUUGUUAUACUCAAAGAGGCAGGGCAGCUCGCCCAAAGUCACACGGCUCAUAAGUGGGAGAGUCAGGACUGGAAUCCAGGCCUGAGCCCAAGGAACUAGCCCCCCACUCAGCUUAGCCCAGGAAAGGCCAGAGACCCAGGCGUCUGUGAUGGGAGCAAGAGGCCCGCACUUUCCCCUUGGAGGAGGAAACAGAAACAGGCUGGGAGCUGGAAGGAGGGUCCCUGCAGCCACCAGCUGGCUCCUUCUAUGGCAGGAGCAGCCCUGCCACAGAGAGGAUUAGGGAUCCCAGCUGCUUGAGAAGUGGGGGGGCUGGCCCCACCCCCAUUCCUCCUUCCUCCUCCCUCUGCCUGGGCCCCCAGCUCAGGGAGGCCCUCCCACCCUCUGGGCAGGAAGACAAACAGGGCUGGAACAGAACAGAACAGGACGGAAUGUCCUCUUGGGCAGGGCAGGACGGGAGGCCCCUGCUCCCCACCAGCGAGGGAGGGACUGGGGGGAUUCCUGAAGCCUCGAUCCAUCCAACUCCCCGCCAAGGGCCGUCUUCUGUGCCUCCCACCCUGUCGCAUGAGGGCUUUUUUCCCAUCCAUAGUUGGGACCAAAAUCCCCUCCCCUCUCCCCCUGGUGUCUGGGACUAGGGCUGGUGCCACCCCCAGAAAUGGCCUCGGGCUUGCCUUUGGGAUUAGACAGAAACAUGAAGACUGGAACCUCACUACCCGGGUUCAAAUCCCAGCUCUGCCAGUUCCUGGCUCUUGAUCUCUUGGGCAAAAGACUUCACUGGUCAGAUCCUCAGUUUCCCCUUUGUAAAAUGGAAGCGUAGAAUGCCUCUCUUCCAGGGCUCUUCUGAAGAUUGAGAGACUGCCUAUAGGCAGAUUACUUAACCCAGUGCUAGACACCAAUGCUUAGCAAAUUAGACCUGCUUAGUAUUAAUGGCAUUGUCGAUAUUAUAAAUACAGAGAUUACAGACUAUGUAAGAGAAUAAGUAUACUAUCUAAUGCAUAUAAGAUGACUAUAUACUAUAUACCAUACCAUAAGUACUAUGCUCUGUAAUUCUUUAUUCAAAUAUUAAAGCACACAGACUUUGGAUUCAGACAGACCUGGAGUCUGGAUUUUAAAACAGUGACAAAAACCAGUAGAGGCACUAAGACCUGGGGACAAGCCCAGAGCCAAAGAGACAGAGAAUAAUUAAAAGUGUUUAUGCUGACCAGUAUUCAAACUCUGGUUUCACUACUUAUGGCCAAGCACUGUACCUCUCUGUGCCUCAGUGUCCUCAUCUGUUCAGUGGGGAUAUUGAGCAUUAGAUGGGGGACGUCGUUACAGGCUUGGCACAAGGACUGUCAUAACAGUGCAAGCUAGUUAAGCGACAGAUAUUUCUGACAAUCGCACACUUCCACUCCCAACCUCCCACACAGAAUUUAGGUAUUUAAAGUGGAUUUAAGGGUAGGGGUGAGUAGGUUAGCCGUUGGCUCCACAGAAACCUGGGAUUGCUUUUCUGUGUUACCGUGGGGAGACCCUGUCCCUCUUAGGGCCCCUCGUUGGUGGGUCAUUGGACUUUGAGAUGUGUGCUCACGGAUUCUGAGGAUUCAGCUCGGCUGGGGAGGGGAAAGGGCAGGCGAGGGGAUUCCUGGAGGCUUUAGGGCCGCAUGCCCGGGAAGUUGCAGACAUUUCAAGCUCCCUCCUUCCCUGGCCCCGGGCCAGCUCAGCCAUCGCCCCCUCCCAGCAGGAGGCCUCCCUGGCCCCCAGCCGUCCCCAGCCUGGGAAAUAAACAGCAGAUUAGUCAGGGAGGGGACAGAGCAGCCUUAGGCACGCCUAGGAGAGGAGCCAGGCAAGGCACCCGAAGGGCAGCAUGGGCUGGCACCGGGACAGGUAAAAAGCUGGGCUAGGAGGGGCUCCAGGGGAUAACCCUCCCAGGCCGAGAGGCCCGGGAACUCGCCCAGGCCACACAGCGAGGCUUGCGAGGACGCGGCCCUGCCCUCUGUGACCUCGGGCCCUGAGGGGCGGCACCCCGCGUGCUUGUCCCGUCCACCUUCUUCCCUGCGGGAGAGCGCUGUGUUCUUGCCCACAGGUCGAGCACCGAGUUGCGCAAGGAGAAGUCCCGGGAUGCGGCCCGCAGCCGGCGCAGCCAGGAGACCGAGGUGCUGUACCAGCUGGCGCACACGCUGCCCUUCGCGCGCGGCGUCAGCGCGCACCUGGACAAGGCCUCCAUCAUGCGCCUGACCAUCAGCUACCUGCGCAUGCACCGCCUCUGCGCCGCAGGGAAAUGGAACCAGGCGGGGACAGUGGGAGAACCGCUGGAUGCCUGCUACCUGAAGGCCCUGGAGGGCUUCGUCAUGGUGCUCACCGCUGAGGGAGAUAUGGCUUACCUGUCGGAGAACGUCAGCAAACACCUGGGCCUCAGUCAGCUUGAGCUCAUCGGACACAGUAUCUUUGAUUUCAUCCAUCCCUGUGACCAAGAGGAGCUGCAGGACGCCCUGACCCCCAGACAGAGCCUGUCCAGGAGGAAGCUGGAGGCCCCCACCGAGCGGUGCUUCUCCGUGCGCAUGAAGAGCACUCUCACUAGCCGUGGGCGCACCCUCAACCUCAAGGCGGCCACUUGGAAGGUGCUGCACUGCUCUGGACACAUGAGGACCUACAAGCCCCCUGCACCCCCUUCCCCUGCUGGGAGCCCCAACUCAGAGCCACCCCUGCAAUGCCUGGUGCUCAUCUGUGAAGCCAUCCCCCACCCGGGCAGCCUGGAGCCCCCGCUGGGCCGGGGCACCUUCCUCAGCCGCCACAGCCUGGACAUGAAGUUCACCUACUGCGAUGAGAGGAUUGCAGAGGUCGCCGGCUACAGCCCCGAGGACCUGAUCGGCUCCUCCGCCUACGAGUACAUCCACGCCCUGGACUCCAAGGCGGUCAGCAAGAGCAUCCACACCUUGCUGAACAAGGGCCAGGCAGUAACAGGCCAGUACCGCUUCCUGGCCCGGAGUGGUGGCUACCUGUGGACACAGACCCAGGCCACGGUGGUGUCGGGGGGCCGGGGCCCCCAGUCAGAGAGUAUCAUCUGUGUCCACUUCCUGAUCAGCCGGGUGGAAGAGACCGGAGUGGUGUUGUCCCUGGAGCAGACAGAGCGACAUUCCCGCAGACCGGCUCCACGGGGCACCCCCUCUCGGAAGGACGCCCCUAAUCGUGGGGACAGCUGUGACGCCCCUGGUCCCCGGAUUCUGGCCUUUUUGCACCCCCCUGCCCUGAAUGAGGGGGCCCUGGCUGCUGACCCCCGCCGUUUCUGUAGCCCUGACCUCCGUCGCCUCCUGGCCCCCAUCCUGGAUGGGGCUUCAGUGGCUGCCACCCCCAGUGCACCCCCGGCUGGGCGGCACCCCCAAAGUCCUCUUCCGGCUGAUCUCCCAGAUGAGCUACUUGUGGAUGUAGAGAAUACUCACAAAAUCUUUGCCUCUGGAAAAGACCUUGAGGCAGUAGAGGCAGAUCUAGAUAUAGCUCAGGACGCCGAUGCUCUGGAUUUGGAGAUGCUGGCCCCCUACAUCUCCAUGGAUGACGACUUCCAGCUCAACUCCAGCGAGCAGCUCCCCAGGGCCCACCACAGACCUCCAGCGGCUAUCCCCCGGCCCCGUGCUCGGAGCUUCCAUGGCCUGUCGCCCCCAACCCCUGAGCACUCCCUGCUGCCCCGCUGGGGAAGCGACCCCCGGCUGAGCUGCUCCAGCCCUUCCAGAAGGGACCCCUCAGCAUCGUCCCCCAUGGCUGGGGCUCGGAAGAGGGCCCUGGCCCAGAGCUCAGAGGACGAGGCUGAAGGAGUGGAGCUUCUGGGAGUAAGACCACCCAAGCGGUCCCCCAGCCCAGAGCCCGAACACUUCCUGCUGCCUCCUCUCAGCCUGAAUUUCCUUCUGACUGGAGGAGCAGCCCCAGGGAGCCAGCAGGACCCUGGCAUCCACCUCCUACAUCUGAGUGAGCCCCUGGGCCUGGGCACCUCGCUGCUCGCUCUCUACCCAGAGGAGGACAACACCCAGCCCAGGAGCCACUUCCAGCCAUCAGCGGGCCUGGCCCAGGCCAACUGAGAGUCCCUCUUCCCCCCCCUUCUUUCUCCCACCCCCCAGAAAGGAUCUCAACCACACUUCAAGCCGGCAGCCAACGCACAGGAUGGGGGUGCCAGAGAGGGUCUCUCUCUCUCUCUCUCUCUCCUCUGAGUGCCCCCACCCACCCACCUUGGGCCUACCUCAGCCCCCACCUCUCCAGCCCCCUGUCUGUGGGCUCUCUGGGGGUGGUCUCAGCUCAGUGACUUCUAGGAGGGGGGGGUCCCUGGCCCCCUCUUUCUCCUUCUCUCAGGACUUCCCUUGGGGUUCUCCAUACUUGGUUACCUCAUCAUCCCUUUUCCAGAUUCUCUUGGCUUUAUUUGGGGGAAUUGGGGGGGAGGGAGAGGUUGGGGGGGUGUCAGGUCUAUGUUUCUGGGCUCUAGGGUGUAUGGAUAACCAUAAUCACAUUUUUAUUUCUUUCUACCCAUCUUUCUUUGAUUAUGAUUUAAAUUUUUAUUGUUUUCUUGAUACGGUUUUUAAAUUGCCAUGAGUGGCUGAUGGACAGACAAAUGGGGGAGCUCCAUCUUCCCCCCACUCCUCAGGUGUUAAUAGGCAGGAGCUCUGGGCCAGACCUCAUCCCCAGCUACUUCCGACUGAGACCUGCAGCCUCUGGAGCUGUCAUCCAGCUCUGCCUGCCCCCUCCGCUCUGGACUUCCUGCUGCCCCCAACCUCGCCCGCCCAGACACUGACUUCAUCCACAGUCUUCUUGCCCCAGGUGCACCUCGAAUGCCCCCUGCUUCCAGAUCUCGUGACCGCCACCCUCUGGUUGCACGACCUCCAACAUGUUGUGGUUUAGACCCACAUCCUCCAAACUCUUCCGAAUCCAGACACCACCAUCACCAGCUCUUUCUCAUUCUGGAUCUCACAGCCUCCAAGUCUGUCUGUUUUCAACCCUUGCAGUCUCCAAAUGUGCUUGGCUCUAAGCCUCACAACCUCCACCUCUCCCUUGCUCCAGAGCUGAUGACCACCGAUUCCUCUCCUGCUAGAACUCAUUCUCUAACAUCCUCAGCUCAGUGACCUCUGGGAGGGGGGGUCCCUGGCCCCCUCCUCCUCCUUCUCUCAGGACUUCUGGAUUUUUCCCUAUAAGUCCCUCUUGUUCUAGAUCUCACACCUUCCAACCUCCCCUCAGAUUCCAGAUCUUACAACCUCCAAUUUCCUCUGAUUCUGGAUCUCACAACCUCCAGCUUCCUGUGGGUUCCAGAUCGCCCAGUCGGUGAUGCAUCCAGACCUCCUAAUUUUUUGAUCAUUUUGGUUCUAAACCUCAUGCCCAACUCAUUCCUCUUUGACUCUGUAUUCAAGACUUCCCCAUGAAAAUGAAGUAAAAUAAGCUUUUUUGUCUGGAUCUUAUAAUCAGUUCUUCCAGAAACAGACAUCAGGCUCCAUUUUUCUUUGGUUCUGGACUUCAUGACCUCCACCAUUUACUGAUUCUAGACUAUACAAUCUCUGGACCUUGCAACCUCCAAGGCCCUCUGAUUCCAGAUCUGAUAACCCCCCAUUUCUCUGUUUCUAGAACUGAAUCUCAAAAUGUCUUCUGAUUCUAGACCUCAUCCUGUAAGUUCCCUUGGUCCUAGACCUCAAAAUCUCCAACUCUCCCUCAUUCCAGGUCUUAUGAUCCCAAAUUACUCUGGAUCUAGAAUUCAGCCUUCAAACAUCUUCUAAUUCUAGACCUCACCUUAUAAAAUUCACUGGUUCUGGGUCAUGCAAACUCUGGUUCCAUCUGAUUUCAAAUCUAAAUUCUUCCAGCUACGAAACUCAGCCUCCAAAUGCUUCUGAUUCUAGAAUCUAGGCCACACCCUGUAAAUUCUUCUGGUUCCAAAUCUUACAACUCCUGAUUCCCUGAUUCCAGCCCCUACUCUCACCUUCCUACUUGGAUUUUGGGCUUCCCAUCCCACUCAACACUCCCCAAUUCCUGCCCUCAGUCCUAAGUCUUCCUAUUCCAGAUUCCUAACCAGGGCCCUUUGCACAUAAACUUCAUACCCAAGUCUCUCCAUUCUCAAGCUCAUAUUCUGGAAACUUCUCUGUCCUAGAACCCCCUGCACUUCCCACCCCAACCCUCCAGACAUGCACUUACCUUUUCUUUACCCCAAUGACUGGGUAUGGGGCUCCCUCACCCUCUUGGAGGGUUCACAAUCCAGGAGACUUCUCAGGCCGCACAGGUCCACGCACAGCCCUGUCUGCGUAUUGUGGGGUUGGGAGAGAGGCCAUGACUCCUCAACUCUCCACCACUACCUAGGCGCCCCCCUUACCCCCAACCCAGUUUCUACGAGGGUGCUACUUUUGGACUCCCACAGGAAAAGGCCCACUUCUCUCAGCACAGUUCACCUCCUUUUCGGAAGGCUCUGCCUGCUAUGUUUUGAUGGGGGUUGGGCUGUCCAGAUUGGUGCUAUGUGGAGGAGAGGGGUCUCACCCCUCCCUCCCUCAGGGGAUGAUCUGGGCCCUACAAUGGAGGGAACUGGGCUGGACUGGGGGAGGGGAAGGGUCUGGAGCAGCCAUAGCUGGCUCUGAAACCUGCCAAUCUCCAUCCUACCAUAAAGACCUCGCUUCAGUAGGCACCAGAG